UCAUUCUCUCCCUCCCUGCCCCUCUUUCUCUCUCUCUGGCAGGCUGCUCCUGCAGUGAUUCAGUAUCAUGGAGGCUGGCAGUGGGGCUGCUGCAGUGGUGGGAAGUGCAGCUCUCGGACUGCUCGGAGCCACAGGGAGUCAUGACAUCUCUGACAGGAUCCUGAGGCCUGGACGGCACCCGGAAGAAGACGAUAUCGUUCCAGAGCUUCCCAGGAGCAUCCACCCCCGAGAGCGACCUGACUGGGAGGAAACCAUCAGCGCAAUGGCACGGAGUGCUGAAAUUCCAGAGCUGAGCUCUGAGCCUCUCAUGCGCUCUUGCAGCAGCUCCGCCAGUAUGAAGGUGAAGAACGUCAAAAAGCUCUCAUUCACCAAGGGACAUUUUCCAAAGUUAGCCGAAUGUGCCCAUUUCCACUAUGAAAACGUUGACUUUGGGACAAUACAGGUAAGAUCUUAAGCCCUAAAUAACAGUGGACUUCAGUGCUUUAACUACAGAGGUGACCUCAGUGACCAGACUUGAAAAGGACAGCAUUGAAAAUGAGGCACAUGAGAGAUUAAAUUCUGAUGUGGAUGCGUGUUUGUGCAAUUAAAUGUCAGGGGUCUGCAGAUAACGCCAAAGUGCCACAGCUGACAGGGACAGUAGGGCGUCUCUAAUGCAAGGCUUUGGGGGAUUGAAAAAUGAGGAUCAACAUGAUUUAAUAUCGCUAUAGCAGCAGUAGCACUCUUGCAGAUGACUAUUUCCUCUGCUGGAGCUGGGUAUCACCAACUACUUCACAAUACAGUACACAUCUCAAUACAUAUGUCACAAUUCAAUCAUGGAUGCAUCACUAUAUUAUAAUUGGAUCUUAAUUGAAACUGCAUCAAAAGCGUAAGAAAAAAACUCAA